GACCACGCAAGCUCAGCAACAUGUUGGUUUCCUUAGACGGUGUGCGUGAACACGUGCUAAAAUAAACGGUUAAGUCGUUAAAGGAACACAUACUCGAGGUAGAAUUGUUUCCACAAUCAACAACUACGCACUUUACACCUCUAGGUGAGUCAUGCGCAGUGUCGUUAGCGGACAGCGGAACGUACUGAUUUGAAAACCUUAGCCAAUCAUACCGAUAUGUGAGCAGCGGUAAUGGCUAGGCAUUAAUAUUAAUAGUGUAUGAAUUUUGGGAUUUAUUUGUCCUUUUCCAUAAUUUGCUCAUUUCCAUAAGGAUACAACAUUUCCAUCGCGCGUAGCCUCAACAAGUAAGGCCUUUUGGUUCUCAUGUCAGACAUACAUAUGUACACCAAGUGCCCGCUUUGCAAUUCUGUUGGUCGAGAUAUAGGUAUACUGCGAAUACGCGUGGAAACGUCAAAAUCAGGCUAUUUAGAGCGCAGGCGUCAGUUUUGUUUGGCACGCUGUUUGGUGCUCUUUCACUUGGACUCUGCAUCCUUCGAAGAAAUGCACAGCAUCCUUAUGAGCCGUGGGCAAGAGCAAUUUUCUCGCUCACGAGCACAAGCUGCUCGAAUCGGGAGCGCAGACACUUCAGUUUGGUUUUGACGUAACGGACGGAACGUUUAAAUAUCGCGUCUCUCAGUUGUACGAAUUUAGUGUCAUUGCACACAAUAGGGCACUUGGAAAAUACUACAAAACGCAUGAAACAGGUUUUGGUAGGUUUGUCCGAAGUCUAUAGAGAAUGACCACUGAGACCUAUUCUGACUUGACCUAUGAGCGAGGGAAGGUGUCAAAAAGGGCGUUGAGACCAAAGCUAUUAAAAUUAACAGAUGUUACGAUACCGCACCGCAGUCGAAAAAAGAACAAAGUGAAGACGAAAGACCGUUCAGUUACUUCAGUGCGCGAGAGAAUUUACGAUGAUCCGGCUUACACCGAGGAUAUAAGCCACUUGGCGAAUCCCAUGCGCCGCAAUAGCAUUUCCGGGAAGCCUUUAUCAGAGCACAAGGCGCGGUCUGACAGUGGAAACCAGCUUUCAUCCAGCAACCGGCCGCCAAAGAACCAAUUUAACAAGGAGAUCCAUCAAUAUGUGACCGAAAAGCAGAGCGAAGCCAAGGCCAGUGCAGCCUUAAAUUACGAAUGUGAUUCGAGCAGCACAGACAAUGAGUCGCUGGUGCCAAUCAAAGGCAGUAUGACUCGCCGGGUGCGCAGUCUGGAGCGCAGUCUGGCCGCCACUGCCUUAGAAAGAGUCGAUAAAAAGGGAACACAGAAGCGCAACUCAAAGCAAAAGCGGAACCUCAGCCUUGACAAUAGUCGCCAGUUACCUCCAGGUCAUCCGCAACGGGAAACGGAAAUUGCGGGUAAGCAUGGUCACGAUUUUGAUAUUCGACUCCGCAAGGAACGUAGUCGAAAGCACUACGUCGCCACAAAAGUUACCCCAACGGAAGUCAGCGAACUAGAUGAAGGGUACUCUGCACGCAGUUCGGCUCAAGACUCUGCCGUCACAGUACCUACAGACUCAGCCGCCGACGGGGCAAGGGUUGCCAUUGGCAAACGCUUCCUGCGCGGCGAAAUUGGAAUAAAAAGCUUUAAUUACUAUCUGCUCAAGGAAGGCUUAAAGAGUUCAAAAAAGUUAGAGGACAAACCCCGAGCCCCUGCUGGUCUCAAGGCAGAAAACCGACAUUCACGCAGCGAGGAAAACAUCUACGAAGAAAUUUUCUUCAAGGAAACUCCGAGCCCGUCGGUCACUGGUGCUGCAUCAGGCAUAGCAUUGUCCGUUGCCUCGGCAAUGUCUGACAAAGAUUUUCACAACCAGCACUUACAAAAAAGUGGGGCUCAGCCAAAUGAAAUGAGCGCAACCAGCGACGAAAACGCAUUUGGAGACUGCGAAAUCUGCAUGGAGCAGUGCAGCAAAGACAACUGUGAGUACUGCUUGGCUCCCGUGGAACAAGUUGGAGGUGGCAAGUUAAAAGAGGUUCAGCAUCAGCAGGAACAGAACGUCAGCCAGAGACACCAACAAGAGGGCACUAUAGAAACCCUUACAUCGUCUACUGUUGAUGCUGGGGUCAACGUGCCGGCCGCACAUAUUUUGGAGUUUCAGUCAUACAACCCCAAUAAUCCAGGCGUGUACAAAAUCGAGACGACCCCUGUGGCCAUAACAGGCGACUACAAUCCAAUUCUUCAGUUCCAGCAGUCGUCAGCGACUACGUCCACAUCAGCUACCACCACGCCCAGCGAGCGACAGCAGCUGCAGCAACAAAUUUAUGGUGGAUACUAUCUUCCGCACCCCCACCAAAGGCCGUACCAGCAGCCGAUUGCUAGCAAUCCGCUGCCAAGUCAGUAUGCUGUGGGAGGCAGUAUGCUCUUCGCCCAGGUUGCCGGUGCCUCUACUGGUUGUGCGACUCCACCGCGCCGACCACAACAGCAGCACUUCAUCGUGGGAUACCAGAAUGGAGGAGGGUCGGUAGCAGGCGCGGCUUCUUUGCAGCGGCUUAACACGAGGUCUUCUUCCUCUAGCGACUCGCUGCCCUACCACAAAUACAAUACCAUGGCGCGGCUCGAGGCAAACGUGUUUGCGGCACCGGCUACUGGAGACCUUUACUAUGCAGUCAGUGGAACGCAGCCGCUGCAUCCGCUGAUGUAUGCUGCCAACAGACCGAUUGGAGGGUCUCAGAUAUUGGUUGACCCCUACGACCCUCAGAUAUACAAGAGCGACUCAAAGGCCUCUAUUCUCAGCGAGUUCUCCCUUCGCAGCAGCGAUAACUCCCAGCGUUACGCUCGGCAUCCUCAUCGGCGACAUGGCGGACGGGUCAGAGAUUCGAGUCUCUUUUCGGUGCACUCAAAUUCUGGCCAAAGGCGGUACUUUGGUAGCACAGAAAGCAGGUUCGGAUACGAUUGUAGGCGCUGUAGCCUGGAUGGGGUCAUCGGAAUAGGUUCCGGGGCUGGAGUGCCCAUAGCAGCUUCCGAUAAGUGCAGCUAUUCCGACAACUGUCGGUACGAAUGUCGAAAUUGCGAUUGUUCGUCCAAUUACUUCAGUUCGGACUUUGAUGAUGUGUACGGGUCUAUUGUGCGUGGUGGAAGCAGUGGCAUACCGCGCAAGACUGCGGCAGGAAUACUACCAUCUAGUGCUCAGGACGAUACCGUAGAGCGCCAAGAAACCGGGCCACUAUCACUGGAUCAGCAGCAAUACGCAGCUCCCUUGGAUCUAAAACAGAACAAAUACGCCCAGGAUUUUUUUAAACAUGUUAACGACGUGAAACGAAGCAUUUAUCAGUCUGAAAUGCAAAGAAACAAUAGCUUGGAACCUACGAGACGGGGUCCAAAAGCCAGUAGCAACACGAGCAGCAAUUCCAAAGCAAGUCCCAAACGGGCCGUUUCCCAGGAACUCAGACAAGAUCCCGUAGUCACUACGCUUCCGGUGAGAAGGGGGCGACCGACUGCAGGAGUGAAGCCCACGCCUGCACCAAGAACGAGUAUACAGGGGCAGACCCCAUUACCAGAUAAUUCCGUGCCAAAAGACCCAAUGCCGUGUAAGCGUAAAAAUCAACCGACUAGCCGGAGGGAGUAUCCUUCUCUAGACCGACUCGUAGCGUCUUCUACGGGAACUAUUCCCAAAAGGAACAACCACCGGACCAUAGCGGACAACGGCUUACAAAGCCUGAAGCUAGCUCCGAAGGCUAAAUCUUUGCAGACUCCUGAUGCAGAGAAAAAAAAUGUAACCCUUAAUGGACAGUUGCCCUUACCCCUGGCGAAACGGCACCAUCGCAUAAGCGGACCGAAGGCACAUCAAAAUCUACCUGGUCCCAGUACACGCCGAAAAGACAUUCCGGCGCCCCCUCCGCCUUCUCCUGCUACAUAUUCCGACCUUCAGGAGCUUAAGGCCAAUAUGGAGGGUCUUCAAGACGAUACCAAGUCGCGAAGCUUGGAAAGCGAAACAAACGAUCUGGCGGCAGCCGAUAGGUCAAAGCAGUCAAAGAAAACAGUCUCAAGCGUUCCGUCCGAUAGAAACCUGGAACCCACAACAAGUGUACCAGAUGCAAGUGCGGCGGAGACUGAUGAUAACGAUGUAUUUUACGACGCACACAGCGAGGACUCUGGCGGUGGCUUCUUGCCCUUAGAAGCGAAUGACUUUUCAAAAAAGAGUCCGUCUCACAUGACGACAUCCAAACAGGCCCUGGAGGACAUCAUUGCUAAUGAGAAUCGCAAGGCCGCAAAUGACAGCGAUGUGGCGCAUUCUGACAAAGAUGUCGAUUGCGAGAGACAUGAGCAGGCGUCCAUGGACACGGCAGCGAGAGCAAACGGCGAAAAGCCAAGCAAAACAAAACACAAAAAGACUCCAACAAUCGCCCCCGACCAACAUGUUGGUCGAACAUGUUUGAAGGAGCAACGCACCGUCGCACCACCAACAAAUGUUGCUCCCGGAAUCUCAACAACCAACAACGCUGGCAACACUAGCGCCAGCAACAGCGCAGUCGAGUUGGAGUUUAAUUGCAAGACGGGCAACACGGACAGCGCAACGACAGCGGUAGAGCACAGUGGUCAGACACCCGAUGUACCUGCAAGUGCGACAGUCACGCAUUUAAUAACAGUGACACGCCAGGACUACGCCUGUCUCGACUCCAGCGAAGCACAAUCGGACGAUAGCCACCUGACACGCGAUUCCAUUACCCGUGAGUCCCAGAACGAUGAGCUCUCCUCCUCGACUCACGAGAAACUAGACGUCAGCACUCUUCCGCUGCCCGCUCUCCCUAAACGUCGUCGCACUCGCUCCCGUACCAGUCCAUCGAAGCAUGUGCACCAGCGACAGCAGCAGCAACGUCAUGAAACCAUCGAAAAUGCCAAUGCUGUCGAUGAAACGUCUGCAGCGGCAAUCCAACAGCCAGUCAAGCCACAACAGCGACCAGUUACUCCAAAUCAAGAAAAGCCAGAGAUAAGCCCGCCGAAAAGCAACACAGCUGCUAACCAGCAGAAACAGUCACAUUUGCAGCAUCAGCAGAAACACCUCUCUGCCUUCCAGCAGUACGUUGCAAGGCGACGAGAGAGUCUAGAGGCAUCCAACCGUUGUUUCAACGAGAAGCUGGAGGCGCGCAAAAUGCACUACCAAAUGGGCAGCAGUGCCGUCAAUGAAAACCCUGCCGGCUCUAACGGGAUGCCCACGUACCUUUUCGGGGAACACUACCAUGGGGUCACCGGCUCUGGGCGGAAGUCCUUAUCGCCCUCCACCACCAAAGAAGAGAUAUUCCUAAACAAGUCCGGCUGGGUGCAGGUCAACACGAAGCGUGGGAAUCACAAGGAUGACAGCAGUAGUUAUCGCCGGCUCAGCUAUGGCCAACAGAAUGGAGGAACUCUUUUCCCGGAAAGUGGACGAGGGCGCAGUGCGGCGCGGUCGAUUCCUCCAGACCAUGGGCGUCGCUUAGACCUGGCACGGCAGUCUUUUAUUCAGCAGCAUCAGCAACAGCAGGCCAACAAUGGCAUAACCGAGUCAAGGUUUGUCGGCUCCAAAGUGGAAGAGUUAAUUAAAAAAAACGAAGCUCGACUAAGCGGCUUUUCAUCACGGGACCCUGCGCUCCGUCCGGGCUAUCGGAUUAUAGAUCCCCAACUAGCGAACAUCCUCAACGAGCGGCCAGGUUUCUUACCAGUAAAAAGCGCCAAAGAUCUGGACUCCCCAAUAACUCCGAUUCUCUCGCCUCCACCCGCUUUCCAGGACAACAGCCGGAGUGGGCGCCAUCCGGACCGCCGCAAGCCAGUUCGCCAGCAGGGCCCGCUGCCGCUUCCUGUGCCGCUCCAGUCGCAGACCCAGUUGGACACUCAGCACCCAAAUCCUGGUUCCAGCAAGGGCAUGGUAUUCUCUCGCAGUUUCGAGUACGACACUCGCCGUCCCACGCCCACCAACAGCUAUGUAGACACGUUUUCCCGCAGUUUUGAUGGAAAUUUAUCAGAACGUCCACUCAACCUGGCUGUGAUAUCAGGCCAACGGGAAUGGUCGCCAAACUUCAGCACACUGACCGGCAACUCACCCAAUUAUCUAACGAAGCGGGAGAGCGGCGGCGGCAGCAGUGGUUCUCUUCAAAGCCGCGACAAUUCACCCAAAUAUCUGCAUCCGCAAGCGACAACGGCCUACUUGAAUACCGCUGUCAAGGAGGCGCCUCCUGUUUACAACGUAGCCCCCGGCAGUCAGGCCAAGUACUCCCCGCGUUCCCGUCACGAAAGGACUGCUGAGCGCUCUAAGAGCCACGCUCUAGGACGUUCCCGCAAGUCCCAGUUCAACCGCGUGGGCAGCGCGGGACCUCUGGCAGCACAUCCCAACACACCCAAUAUAGGAGUCUCGCGUUUCCGCAGCUUUGACACGUCCAAGAGCCAGCGCCUCAAUUCCUGUGACAGUGGUGCAAGAUCAGAUCUUUCCAACGAUGAGCUGGACAACGAGGAUGGCGGCCUAAGCGAGUUUCUCACUGCCGGCAGUCACAAGUUCCCCAAAGUCGGAACGAGUAGCGUCAGCAUCUCGCCGUUCAAGGUCCAGCGCCAGCGGUCUCUUACACCAGAUCGCAACGAAUCCCAUAGCUCAUCCAGCAGCCUGCGGAAGCAAGGAUCGUUGACUCCCGAAUCCAGGUCCAUGACUCCAGAGGAGCGAUGCAAAAAGGGGUCGCAGCUCUCGUUAAGUGGCACCCGUCAGAACUCUAGCUUCAAAAACAACACGUUGGAGGCCCGCCAACGGCACGAGGAAAAAAACGGCACCCAAUAUAUCGCGCAGCUCCUCUAG